CGCAGUACCUCUGUAAAUUGUUUUGCUCUGCCAUUCAUUUGUACACGACCAAUGAGUUUCUGGCAUGUCAAAUUUACAAUGCCUUGGCGAAAUGCUACAUUCAUAAAGCUCAAUAUCAGACAAAAAACAACUUUACUGAUUACAGUUAUCACUCUCAUUCUUUAAACGCAGCUUUCAUUCUGAAGUAGAAAAAGAGAGGAAGAAAUAACGAUAAGCAAAAUGAUUGGAACAAUUUGUACUCCUAUGUGGUCUAUCAGCUUGGUUUCAAAUCCCAGAAUCAGUUUUCCAAGAAAAUCUGAGUACCCAUUUGUAUCAUUCUACAAAUCUUACUCUUUCUCACCCUUAUCCUUAUUUCGCCUCCAGAAUCACUAUCUAAAUCAUGCCCAUUUCAAUUUGAAAGCUUCUUCUUCAUCUCCAUCAGUUGGAAGUGCAGAGUACAUGGAAGAACCUGCAACUGCAGUGAAAUUUCAGACGUCGAUAAGUUUGCCAGGAUGCUCAAGUUCAUUAUCACUGCUUGGAACUGGAUACAGGGAGAAGGUUUUUGCAAUAAUUGGUGUGAAGGUUUAUGCUGCUGGCCUAUAUGUUAAUCAAUCUAUCUUAAGUGCAUUGAAUGCUUGGAAAGGGCAAUCAGCUACUGAAAUCCAGGGGAAUCCAGCUUUGUUCAGCUCAAUUUUUCAAGCUUCCUCGGAAAAAUCAUUACUGAUUGUAUUGGUGAGAGACGUCGAUGGUAAAACUUUUUGGGAUGCCUUGGAUGAUGCCAUCUCCCCAAGAAUCGAAGCACCCACUCCAGUUGAUGAAUCUGCAUUGUCCACAUUCCGUAGUAUCUUCCAAGGUCGACCUCUUAAGAAAGGAACAUUCAUAUUUUUGACAUGGUUGGAUCCCUCAAAAAUGCUAAUUUGUAUCUCAUCAGAUGGGAUGCAGGCUACUGUGGAUGCUACAAUCGAGUCAACGAAUGUCACUUUUGCCCUUUUUGAUGUAUUUUUCAGCGAUGCUCCUGUUUCUCCUUCUCUGAAAGCUUCAGUUGCCAAUGGACUGGCAACAAUUCUUAAAUGAAUCCUGCUACAUGGUAUCCUGAAGUUUAUCAUUAUCUCACUAUUGUAUUUACUUCACCAUUUCCUUACCUCGUUGCUGUAUGUAAUUUCUUGAUUAUUCGAGUUUAAGCCGAUCAUGCAAUCUCUAUCAGCCAUUUGCAACUCUAGCAGAUUAUGUUUAUAACAUUCUGCAUCUUCAUAAUAUAUAAAAAAUAAAAUGAUUCUUCUCUUUCA